CUGUACAUACCCUUCUCCACGAUUGGUUCACGGCUCAGGUAGAACCAGUCUACGCGGCCCCUUCAUACGUACGGGAAAAUUGAGGCUACGAGUUACCUGCACGACAAAAUUACUCGAAACUUCCAAAGUUCGGCGACUGUAACUCGUCGUCAAUUGCGUAGAAGGCUGUGAACGUGUGUUGUCAUUUUUUUGUUAAUACAUAUUUUAAAAACAAUUGACGAUCGACGCCAACCUGUUGAUCUAGUGUCCAGGUGUGUAGUGACAGUGACUGUUUUAGUGACGCCAACUUCGCAAAAUCGCCAAAAAUCGUAGUCAGCAUUGUGAUAUCGGCCGCAAAAUCCCUAGGUAAAUGCGAAUGCCGCAAGUCUGUGAUAGCAUCUCCGGAGAUAAGAUAGCCCCAGGUGCGAAAAACGGAACGUUCGCCCGAAAUCCAACAGGUGUCACGUGGCAACAUGUCGGGCUGGUGUUUAUUAUAAUCCACGAUGAGGUGCUGAGGCCGAUUUUGGGCACAAAUGAGCAUUAAAGGCCUCAACAUGAUCGGGCCCCACCAUGUUUGCGUCCUGUACGUGGCCACCGCCGGCCUCCAGGGCUCCCUCAUGGGCUCCGACGAGCAGGAGAUCGUGCUGUUGAUCUAUGUCAUCGUCGACGUCGUUCAGAACAAGAUUGUGGGCGUGCAGCAGUACCCAAUCAGGCCGCAAACCGCCGACAUCAACGAAAAUAUCCUAUCCGAACAGCUCACAUCUGAAUCGGUUUUGACCGACGAACUCAUAAAAUCAUCUGGAAGGCAAUUGGAGGACGCCCUCAACGAAUUCGAUGCGUACUGCAGUAGUUUACACAUAGACCCGCACAGUGCCGGCUUCAGGCUUUUAACAGACGGCCAAUUACCGUUAAGGCAAUGUCUGUAUCCGGAAGCAUGUAGGAAGGAAAUCGAUCUGCCGCGUUAUUAUAGCACGUUCCAUGACCUCAGGAAAGAAGUUGCCAGGUUUACGAGAAAGACGGAAGAAAUACCCCAAAGUGUCGCCGAUAUGUUAGAAUAUUUACAAAUUAAACCCGAAGUUGAGAAUGAAUUCUACAAGAGAGAGGCUAAGGAUAUGGUCAAUGUUGUACAAAGGCUGAUUUCGGAAGGAUACAGGUUCGAGGCGCUCGAAACGAUAAACCUGACCCUGGAGCCCGGGAUAUGUUCCAAAGACGAUGAGAUCGACAGCAACUGCGUGGUAAGGGCGAGAGGACUUCCCUGGCAGAGCAGCGAUCAGGACAUCGCCAAGUUUUUCAGCGGACUCAAUGUCGCCAAGGGCGGCGUAGCUCUGUGCUUGUCGGCACAAGGACGUCGCAACGGUGAAGCUUUAAUAAAAUUCGAGAGUCAAGAGCAUAGAGACAUGGCGUUGAAGCGACACAAGCACCACAUCGGCCAACGCUACAUCGAAGUGUACCGUGCCUCAGGCGAGGACUUCCUCUCGGUGGCAGGCGGCAAGAGUUCCGAAGCUCAAGCUUUCCUCUCACGCGGGGCUGCCGUCAUCGUGCGGAUGCGGGGGCUGCCCUACGACUGCACCGCCAAACAAGUCUUGGACUUCUUCGCGUCGGGUGAGAAUUCGUGCACGGUUUUGGACGGCACCGACGGCGUGCUGUUCGUGAGGAAGCCGGAUGGGCGCGCCACUGGCGACGCUUUCGUCCUCUUCGCGAGCGAAUCCGACGCACCCAAAGCUCUCUCGAAACAUAGGGAAUGUAUAGGUUCUAGGUAUAUCGAAUUGUUCAGGUCGACGACGGCCGAGGUGCAACAGGUACUUAACAGGUCGCUGGAAGCGCGGACUUAUGAGCCUGAACCGUUGCCUCCGUUAUUACCGCAUAUGCCUUUAUUGCCUCAACAUUAUAUUACGUCUGGGACCAAAAAAGAAUGCAUUAGGUUAAGAGGACUGCCUUACGAAGCUCAAGUCGAACAUAUCUUAGAGUUUCUCGGAGAAUAUGCCAAAAAUAUUAUAUUCCAAGGAGUGCACAUGGUCUAUAAUGCGCAGGGCCAGCCCAGCGGCGAGGCCUUCAUCCAGAUGGACUCUGAGCAGUCGGCGUGCAUCACCGCCCAGCAGAAGCACCACCGCUACAUGACAUUCGGCAAAAAGCAGCGCUACAUCGAAGUAUUCCAAUGUUCCGGCGAGGACAUGAAUCUCGUUCUGACUGGCGGCAUUCCCGCCCCCGUCUCGCCCGCAAAGGCCACCCCCGCGCUACUCAGUCCCGGUAUGUUACCUUCAAUUGCGCCUCUUCCACCUACUAAUAUCCCCCCGCCGCCCCCGCCAAACACCUCGGUUAAUCAAAUAUCCCAAAAUCUGACCAACUGGGACAAUCAGGCGCURUUCGCCCAACAGCAAGCCCAGAUUAUAGCCCAGCAGAACCUCAUCGCGCGCCAGAACCAAGCGCAAGCCCAGAACGAAAUGCUCCUCAUGAACCAAAUCGCACAGCACAAUUUGGCCGUACUCAACCAGAAUGUGGGCCCGGUGUCCCCAAACAGCCCCAAUUCGGUACUGAAAAACUCGGCGGCGAUGCCGAUGAUGCCGCAUUUGAUCGCGCAACCGCCGUUUGUCAUGCUGCCGCCGAGGAUGGCCCCGGCUUUGGGGCUGCCGAGGCACCAGCUAGCCUAUCCUCAGCAUUUGCUGCAGGGGGGCGCGCAUGGGGUCAUCCCGAUGAUGCCGCACGUCGCCGUCAAACGCAGCUACGGGGACGCGUUCAACGAGCAAGCCGCGCCGGCCAAAAGGGCCUUCCACGCCCAGGGGGCCCUGCCCGUCUAUCAGCACUUUUACCCAAACAUGUAGCCCUUUCUCACAUUUUGUACAUUUGUAAAUAUUACGAAUUGGACGGUUUGAUAUUCGGUGCAAAAAAGUGCCUUAAAUGAUAAAUAAUUCAUCAUUCUCCCUGUAUUUUGUAUACAGGGCGUUGCGAAAUAAAGUUUUGACAUUUUAACAUUAUUUUGGAACACUAAUUAUGAUUUUUUUCAGUUUUGUUACAAAUGUUGAAUUUUUUUUAUUAUGGAGCAAAGCUGAAUCCUAGUUUACCAUUUUCUGUGGUAAUGUUUCUGAUCUGCAUUUUGAACUCUUGUUUUUGAUAAUAGAUAUUUAUUGUUAGUUAGAAUUAAGAAAAUUUGAUAAGCAAAAAAUUGCUUAAUUUUUAACAUCCUAAAGUUAGUAUGUACUAAUGGCUCAUAUUUUUGAGUAAAAAUUUAAUUUUUUUACGUUUGUAUACAGGUGUCUCAAAAGCAAACCGCCAUACAUCAACCAGUGAUAGAAUGUCAUUUUGAGAAAGGGUUUAAAUAUAUUUUUCAUAAUACUUUAAUUGAAAAAAAAAAGUAUUAAGUAGACAUAAUAACUACAAAAAUUGCUCAAAACCUAAGCAAUUGUUUCAUAAAUGUUAUCACGACCAACUUGCACUUUUUGCUAAGCUGCAAUUUUUUUUGAAUGAAUAUAGAAAAAAAUAUUUAAACUUCUUUUCAGAAUGACAUUUUUUAUCAUUGGUUGACGUAUGACGGUUUGUUUUUGGGACAUCCUAUAUAUUACGAUUUGGCCGUUUUUCAACUUUGAUGAAAUUCAGUGCUAAAAAGUGGUUUAAAAUGCAAGUAAUUGAAAAUACUUGCUAUAUUUAGUAAACAGGGCGUUGCGAAAUGAAAGUUUUGACACACUACAUGUAAAAAAUCAGUUUUGGUCAAAUUAUUUGAUGUCUUAUAUUUAUUUUGGAAAAAAGUUUUAUGAUUUUUUCUCUAUUAUCUUGAAAACUGAUUAAACAAUGUUCAAGUAAAUAUAAGUGUUAUUAACCUUUAAGUUUUGAUACAAAUAUUGAAAAAUUUUUCGAAUUUUGGAGCAAAACUGAAUCUUCCUUUACCAUUUUUUGUGGUAAUGUUUUUGAUGAUAUUUAUUGAUUACGUUAUUGUUAGUUUAAGAGCUAAGAAAAUUUGAUAAGAAAAAAAUUAAAGUACUAAUAGCUGAUAUUUUUGAGUGAAAAUUUCUCAUUCUUGUACAUUUGUAAAUAUUACGAAUUGGACUUUUUUGAAUUUUUUUGAUAUUAGGUGCACACUUGGAAACGAAAAGUGCCUUAAAAUGACAAAUAAUUGAUAAUUACGUGCUUUACUGGUAUACAGGGCGUUGCGAAAUGAAGUUUCGACACUAAUAUAAAAAGUGACACGAAAAUAUGAAAACUUUUUGUUGAAAAUUGAAACUUUGGUAAUAUUAGGAACAAACUAAGAAAUUACAAAGAGCCGUAAAACCACUUUUAUAUAAAAGUGAGUGUUAUGAAAUUACCGAAAUUUUGGACAAAAAUUAUUGAUCGAGCUAUUUUAUUUUAUUUAAGCGUUUCUUUAUAUAAAUUUUUGAAGCUUCUCUAUGGAGCCCUUGUAUAUUGGUGAUAUUUAUUGAAUAUUCGAUAAGGAAAAAUGAGUUAAUUUUGACCUGGUGGUACUAAUAAAAUUUUUAUCGUUGAGAGACAAUCAUAAGCGCUGAUUGGUAUUGUUUGGUGUCGMUGAGGCGUGUUAAAGAUUUGGGAUAUUUGAUAAGCCGUCGUGGGGUCUGUUGACGGUGUUGGCCCAUUGCUGCAGCUAUCCAAAGACUGUAAAGCGAAUAACAUGUGAUUUGAUACAUUCCACGAUUUUUAUUGUUGUUAUACAAAUCUUGUUGAUAUUUAGAUGCAUUUUGCGCUAUUUUGGAGCAAUUUACUAUAUGUGUAAGACAGCUUUUGUCGUAACAAAAAUGUUCGCAACUAAUACUGAACUCGGAUUGGGUAUUCGUUGACUUGGUAACAGGAAUUUGUUUCGAGUUGGCGCGCGUCCAUGUGUUGGGAAGAGUAGCGUAUGAAAUAUUGUACAAAACUCAUGCAUACGAAUUAUAUUGGGUUUUUUAAUUUUAUUUAGAUUAUAGAUUUUUUAAUUGUGUUCGAAGGUGUCGAGUGUGGGUUUUGCAGUCGGCACUUUCGUCCCGAUUCGUAGGUUUAGUGCAUUUCCUAAGCUUUCGCUAGAAGUUUUUGAACAUGUCUUGGUGUGUGUGCUUUGAUGCGUCUGCAUUUGACUCAGUUGGUGAUUGGUAGUGGUGGGGGAGGCAAGCGUUUCAGGAAUUAUUAUCAUCUGAGGUUGAGUGCAGGAGGUGUCAAAGUGAUUGGUUGAAUGGGUGGACUAACAUUUCUUUACGAGUUCUUGGCCCUUGUUAGGCUUCAUCUCUACUAACCACACGAGUCGUGAGUUUAUAGCGCAGCAUGUACACCCGGGAAUCCCAGGACGUUCAUGUCUAGCGAAAGUUUCGUCAAGGAAGUGAUUAAUUUAACUCUAUGAUCACUUAUAUUUCUGUACUGUAUGCAGCUCUUUUUACUUCAUUACAAUAUGUUCUAAUUAUUUACACUUAAUUAAUAAAUGUUUGUCACAAUAA